GGUUUAUGUAAGUAUGUAAUCGGGUGGCGUUUGGCAAAAAAUCGGAGCAAACACGUCCUCCUUUUCGGCAGGGCAGACAAGGUGCUGGUGUCUGGAACGAGAAGCAGCAGAAUUGUUAUUGACACGACAAAUUGGGGAUUUGGAUGUGUAUAUAAUAGUAAGUAAGUAGGCACAUUUCUCUGUACAUAUUGUGGAGGUUGAAACAACAAGUGUUACCAAUUUGUUGAAUAGGGCUUGCAGUUCCAGUUUUACAAACCCCUUAAUCGAAUUCGCCGUAAAAUGGAUGAAAGCAAUAAUCAUGAUGAGAUGGUAGAUACUUCAAGUCCAAAGGAGUUCACCACAAAUGCUGUUCUACCUGAAGGUUGUUUUAAUGUCGAUAAUGCAACAGAUGAUGUGGGUAUUGUAGAGACUUCAACUGGAAAGGAGUUUACUCCAAAUGGUCUUGAAGCUGAAGGACGCUCAAAUGUGGAACCUUAUGUGGGUAUGGAAUUUGAAUCAGAAGAAGCUGCUAAGGCAUACUAUAGCACAUAUGCCACACAUUUGGGCUUUAUCAUGCGAGUAGAUGCAUUUCGACGAUCUAUGCGUAAUGGGGAGUUGGUGUGGCGUCGACUUGUCUGUAAUAAAGAGGGUUUUAGUAAAAGUAGACAAAGUCAGAAUGGAAAAAAAAAGUGCAGAGCAAUUAGGGAAGGAUGUAAGGCCAUGAUAAUUGUGAAGAAAGAACAGUCUGGAAAAUGGCUUGUUGCUAAAUUAGUGAAGGAGCACAAUCAUGCACUGGUUGUCAAACCUGUUAAUACCCCUAAAGGUGCAGUCUUGUGUCAAACACCGGAUGAUAAAGAUGUCAAGAUCCGGGAAUUAACAGCAGAGUUACAGAAGGAGCGUAAAAGAUCUGCGGCUUUACAGGAGCAGCUAGAUAUGCUUUUGAAAGAUAUGGAGGAUCACUCAGAUCAACUGUCAAAGAACAUUAAUGGCAUUGUUAAAAGUAUGAGAGAAUUGGAAUCAAGAAAAAAUGUCUUUCCAAAUGGCCGAUAGCUUCUGUAGCCUUUUCCCCUUUCUUCCCAUUUUUCUUUGGAAAAUAGUAACAUAGGCCCAUUAUUUACUCGGAAGUCUUACUUAAACCUUUUGUACUGUUAAUUGAAACAGAAUCCUUGUACUCCUGCUUUGUUAUUGUAAAAAUCCUUGUCAGUUACCAUCAGUGAGGUGCCAUGUGCAUUUCGGCAUCCACGGGUGUAGCCUAAUGGCAAUGAAAUGGGCGAAGAAGACCUUAGAGAGAA